GUUACCUCAGGGCCGAUCCGGUGCUCCGUUCUCCGUCUUCUCGAACCGCGGCCCGCGUGGACUUCCGCUCGGAUCCCCGGCGCGGGCGGAGCGGGGCUGCAACAUGGCCGCUUCGGGUCUGGAUCAUCUCAAAAAUGACUACAGAAGAAGAUUUUGCCGGCCUUCCAGGGCACCUGAUAUUCAUACAGAGCAAGGUCAGAACAUGGUGGAAUUCUUACAAGACUGUUUUGAAGAAAAAAGUCUUGCCAAUGACUUUAGCACAAAUUCUAUGAAAUCAAUGCUUUGUUCAACACCCAAAGAAAGAGACAAUUGUAGCCAGACACCAAACCAGGAGAGGCAAAAAUCGCUUCCAAAAUCAGUUCCAGUUUCUUCAAAGAAGAAAGACAACUUCCUACCGUCCGUUGAGAAACCAAGUAAAGCUGCCAGGAGAUCAGUUCACGCCAAUGAAGUUGAUCAGAAUAUUCUGGAAACUGAUGUUGGUUCUAGAAAUACACCACACUUGAAAAAUGUAUCCAGCAGAAAGCCAGAUGAUCAAAACAGUGGAUCUGAUGAAGAGUUUUACUUAUCUGUUGGCUCACCUUCUGUUCCUUUGAAUGCAAAAUCACCUGCGUCACAAAAUGCUGCUCCAUCUGUUGCCAGGGAGACCUACAUUUUUGAAAAUUCAGAAAAUGUGCUGUCUUCAAGUACAGAGAUUUCUUUGAAAACAAAAAAAAGAUUAAACUUUGAAAACAAAGACAUUUUGGAAAACACUGAAACAGAAAAUGAAGAAUCGGAAGUAGAGGAUAAAAUAUCAGAAGGACAACAAGAAAGGAAACGAUCAGAAACAUCUCAGAAGAAAAUACAAGAUUCGGAGUUUGAAAUUCAACCACAAACUAAAAAGAGCUUUUCAACUUUGUUUUUAGAAACUGUAACAAGAAGAAGUGAAUUGAGUCUCGUUAGGCAUACAGAAACUGCUCCACCUCAUCCGCCAUCUCCAAGAAAUAUGAAAUUACUAGAAGAUGAAUUUAUAAUUGAUGAGUCAGAUACAAGUUUUGCCAGUCAUUCGUGGGUUACCAUACCAAGAAAGGCUGGGCCUCAGAAACAAUGGCCAGUGUCCCUUGCUGAGAGCCUUGCUGCCAAGGCAUCAAGAGAGAAAGAUGGCGAUGGACUCCCUAAGACCUCAGCAGGUGACAACCAGGCACAUGAAACUCGGCCAGCACAGAAAUCUCUGUCUGAUGAUGAAAAAAGACAAGGUAUAAGUUGUACUUUGACAGAUGAAGUGGAAAAUAAUUGUACAUCUACAAAAUGUGAAAUAUAUUCCAAGAACAAAGAAAAGUCAUCUAGAAAUAAAAGAACUGCAAAACAAAAAAGAAAAUUUAAGGGCAACAUAGUUGAAGAACAGCUUGAUGUGGGACAUGCUAAAAAGAAAAAAAUAAAUAUGUCACAUACUGCACACGACAAGUUACAGAGAAAUCUGGGCAGAAAUAAUGAUCAAAAAGCAAAGAAAAAUGAUAUUUCCAAAAAGAUAUCACCUACAGGAAGCAAACAAAAAAAGAAGCCCCCAAAAGGUAAACAAGAUUCUAACAAGAAGCAAGUUUUCAUUGAGUCCAAGAACAAAGUUGUAGCUGAGGAAAUGACUUUGACUGUCAUGAGAAGUCAGAGAAUUUCCAGGCGUCCAUCUGAUUGGUGGAUGGUAAAAUCACAGGAGAGUCCUGUUCACAGCAAUUGUUCUCCAAUAAGAAAUGAAUUACCAGUGCAUCGCAGCAGUAGACAAAAACCUGCUAAGAGAGCGAAUCAGUCGUCUAAGAAUACUGGGAAGAAAACUGCCCCGCCUAAAAGACAGAAGACACGUGUGCAAGGCAGCUCAAGGGCACAGAAGACUGUAAAUGAUGAAGAUUCUAAAGUUCUUUCGGUCCAUAAUGAAGUUCCCGAUUGUUCUCAGAGUGAUGAGCCAAUGGAAAAUGAUGAGUCACACUUGGCUAAGAAGAGAAACUCCGGUUGCUCAGGAUCUACAAAGAGUUCAAAGGAUCAAGACAGUGUUAUGACAGCACAAGAUACUUGUCUAAAAUCUCAGAAUAAUGAAUGCAAAGCUUCCACAGAGCUUACGUUGAAUUCUGUAGAACCUAAACGUUUGGUUUUGGAAGAAAGUGGACCUUCCAGGCACAAGAGUAAUUUAAUCUCUCAAGAGAGUAAUUCUGAUGUAGAUGAAGAAGAAGUUCGGGGUAUUUUAGAUGACGAACGAAGGACGUCGGAGAAGAAAAUACAUCACAAAUUAGUAUUGCCUUCAAACACGCCAAAUGUUCGCAGGACCAAGAGAGUACGUUUGAAACCUUUGGAAUAUUGGCGAGGUGAACGAAUAGAUUAUCAAGGAACACCGUCAGGAGGAUUUGUGAUUGGUGGAGUGCUAUCCCCAGAUGUUGUACUACCUAAACGGAAGGCAAGAGCAAACAUGGAAAAAGUCAACCAAAUGGCUAAUGGAAAAAGAAUCUGUCUUGAUAGUGCUAAAAGAAAGAACAGAUUAAUGGUAAAUCUAGAUGUUUCUCUUGGAAACCCUUUUGAGCCAACCAGGGUAAAGGAUCCAGAAACAAGAGAAAUUAUUCUCAUGGAUCUUGUUAGGCCACAAGAUACCUACCAAUUUUUUGUAAAGCAUGGUGAGUUGAAAGUUUAUAAAACGUUGGAUACACCAUAUUUUUCUACUGGGAAGUUGAUACUAGGACCACAAGAAGAAAAAGGAAAGCAGCAUGUUGGCCCAGAUAUAUUGGUAUUUUAUGUUAACUAUGGUGACCUUUUGUGUACUUUACAUGAAACACCUUAUCUGUUAUCUACAGGGGAUUCGUUCUUUGUUCCUUCAGGUAAUUAUUACAACAUCAAAAAUCUCCUGAAUGAGGAAAGUGUUCUUCUUUUUACUCAAAUAAAAAGAUGAAAAAUGGAACCAGUUUAAAUGCCUGUAUGUAUAUAUGUAUAUGGCUAUGUAUACACAUGCAUCAAAUGUUUGUAUAGUUGGGACAUUUUUGUAUUACUUGUAAUGUUUUAAAAUAAAAUUUUAUUCAGUUUUGUGUGAA